AUGAGGAGCGCAUGCUGGGUGCCUUCAUUCGACUGGUGGAUUAUCUGUUCGUUGAAGGCUCCCAGAAUCCUGUUCAUGCGAGCGUUUGCUCGGUAUUUCGAGGGCAAACCAUCUGGACUCAACCCUGUCAACAUCAUCAGAGCCACUCAAGAGUUCAUUGACCUUCGGCAAAGAAUCAAUGACACGAUCCAAAAUGACUUCAAGGCCGCAAAUGAAUAUGUCAAGGUGAUGGUAAUCUGCAACAACAAGUCCGAUUGGCAGAUCGUGGUGGAGUUGCGUCCCAGUUGGUUACCAAAGCCAUGA